ACGGACUUGUUCACCAAACAACCACGCACACAUCACAUUACCCACAACAAACUCGGGACCCCAACUGCUCGCUCUAUUUCUUUCGUCGGAUAUAUACACGUCGCACCCUUGAGAGAAGAGGCGCAGCCACUUGGCUAGCCGUCCAGAAUGCGGCAUUCGCUUUGGCGCUCGCCGGCGCUGCUCCUGGCCGCCACAGCGUCCCUCGUCCAAGCCGUCUACAAGGACGAGGUCGGCCACCUCGACUAUCACUACGAACUGAUUGGCGUACCUCAGAUCGAGACGACUCUCUUUCACAGGCCACGCAAGGACGACCGCGCGAGCCUCUUAUAUACAUUGAGCGAUGUGGGCGUCGUGGGCGCCGUCAACCCCGGCAACGGAGCCGUCGUGUGGCGCCAGAUCCUCACAGGCAAUAAUACACAGGCGGGGGGCCAUCUUCGGGCCGCCGACGGAGAGGACUGGGUCGUAUCGGCCUACGGAAACUCUGUGCACGCAUGGAACGCGCUCUCUGGUCGGAACACCUGGUGGAUGGAUUUUCCCGGCCAGGUCAAGGACCUCGAGCUGAUGGAGCUGACCGAGCAGGAUCGCAAAGAUGUGCUGGUGCUCUUCGAAGAGGAUGACGGCUCGGCGACGCUACGGAGACUCCACGGCCAACAGGGAAAUGUGGUUUGGGAGUUCAAGGAUCACGGGAGGGACGUGCCGCUCCAGGUAUCGAACAAUAUCGAGAAUGUCUUCCUCGUCAGCCUCAUCGGCCCCGUGCCCUCCCAGGGCCUACGGGUGUCCGUGCACGAUCCAGCGACUGGCAGAAGAAUCGAUGAUAUCCCGUUGGCGGCCAAGGGCGAAGUAUCCGGCAAGGAAGACGUCAUCACGGUGGGCGGUAACUCGGCGUCGCCCAUCAUGGCAUGGACCGACAAGAGCACGGCCAAGGUCAAGGUGAACGUGCUAGGCACAAAGACGAAGCAGGAGUUUCCCCUUCCUGCCGACACGGUCGAAGUGGCUCUCCACGCACCGCACCAACUCCAAUCGGAGCCUCGUUUCCUGGUCCACAGCCGAACGAAGCAAGGGAACAAGGGCGAGGUCUACCACAUCAAUCUCAAGAAUAACGAAAUUACCAAGGCGUACGAGUUACCUUUGCUUCCCGGGCUGGGUACCUUUUCCACAAGCUCCGAGGGUGCCAAUGUAUACUUCACCCGCGUCACCCAGGACGAGGUGCUGGUCUUCUCGUCUGAAUCCCACGCCGUUCUCGGUCGUUGGCCCAACAAGCCCGCGGCUCAAGGUGUUCAGGCGGUCCAUGGCGUUUCCGAGGUUGUGAAGAAGGCUGAUGAUAGCUACGCCGUUCGAUCCGCCGUCGUGACGGAUGCAGAUGCAUGGGUUUUGGUCCGAAACGGCGAGACGGGGUGGAGUCGUCCCGAAGGUCUCACCGGGGGUGUUGCGGCUGCCAUCGCCGAGAUCCCGAACGAUGAGGAAUUCGCAAAGACCCUAGAGCAGGAGGCUCAUAGCAGCGUUCUGUCUGCGUACAUUCACCGGGUGAAGCGACAUAUCAAGGACCUGGAGAGGCUCCCCGACUAUUUGGCUUCGAUCCCUGGACGCUUCUCCAGUAGCAUUGUCGAUUCAGAUGUCCCGGCAGCCACGCCACUGGGGCUUGCGCGGGACAGCUUCGGUUUCCACAAAGUGGUCAUUCUCGCCACCAAGAGAGGCAGGCUCUACGCUCUCAACACCGGUGAUCGGGGAAGGAUCAUUUGGUCGAUCAAGCCUUUUGAAAUGCCUCGGGGCCAGCUAUGGGAUGUCAAAGGCAUCUUUGUCCAGAAUGACAAGGGCCUGGUCACGGUCCGCGGUUCUUCCGGCGAUUAUGUGAUUGCCAAGAUCGAGAAUGGCAAACUAGUGGACGUGGUGUCUCCAGGUACAUCGCCUGUGGUUCAGUCUACGGCAGUUGUUGACAGCGCUUCCGGACAAUUUCUCCUCCCCAUCGGACGGGAUGGCACGGUGGGCGACCUUCCCGCUUCUGGGAGACCGGCGCAGACACUGGUAGUACGCGGGAGCGAGGGCGAACUCAAGGGCCUAACCUGGACGACCGAGGACGGCGUGGCCACAGAAAAGGUUUCGUGGCUAUUCUCUCCCCCGGCCGGCGAGUCGAUUGUCGAAGUGGCAAUGCGGGCCGCCCACGACCCCAUCGCGCAAAUCGGACGAGUACUGAGCGACCGGAGAGUGAGGUACAAGUACCUCAACCCGAACACGGCGGUGGUUGCCGGCCUCAAGCCAGACGAUUCGACCCUGACGAUUUACCUCCUCGACACCAUCUCUGGGCAGAUUCUGUCCUCUACGAAACACGAAGAUGUGGACGGCUCCAAGGGAGUAGACUGCGUUAUGGCGGAGAACUGGUUCGCGUGUACCUUCUUCGGGCACCACGCGACCCAGGAUGCCAACGGCCAAGCAGCAGUGCCGGGACGGGGGCUCAGGGGCUACCAGAUCGUGGUCACGGACCUGUACGAGAGCGAGGACCCUAACGACCGCGGCCCGCUCGGGCACGCGGCCAACUUCUCUUCCCUGGAGCCGGUGGACGAGCCGACGGAGGUGCCCCUCCCGUCGCUGGUGACGCAGGCGUGGAUGCUCUCGGCCCCGAUGACGGCGCUGGCGGUGACGCAGACGCGGCAGGGGAUCAGCAGCCGGCUGCUGCUGGGGUACCUGCCGGAGGAGCACGGCAUCGUGGGGAUCCCGCGGCAGAUGCUCGAUCCGCGCAGGACGGUCGGGCGAGACCCGACCCCGCAGGAGGUGGAGGCGGAGGGGCUGAUCAAGUACGGGCCGGUGAUCGAGGUGGAUCCGCGGCAGGUGGUGACGCAUCUGCGGGAGGUGCUCGGGGUGAGGGAGAUUGUGACGGCGCCGGCGGUGGUGGAGAGCACGAGCCUGGUGUUCGCGUACGGUGUGGACGUGUUUGGGACGCGGGUGGCGCCGAGCAUGACGUUCGAUAUGCUGGGGAAGGGGUUCGAUAAAUUGACCCUGAUCGGGACGGUUGCGUCGCUGGUUGUUGGUGUCGCGUUGUUGCGGCCUUUGGUCCGAAAGAAGCAGACGGACUUGUGGUGGAAGGCUCCAAGGUAAUUCCGUCAUACUGGUAAGGGAGGCAAAGAACGAAAAGCGAGAAACGAAAGAGAAUGUUGUAUGUAUUAUACGUAUGAACAUGACCCGGUUCGCGAUAGACGAUGCGCUCAGGGGGCUUGGGAGACUCGACACUGAAGUUGGGGACAGUCGUUCGCCGUCGUUAUGAUAUGUGUUUUGUGUUUUGCUUUGUUCAACUUGGCCUCGAAUGCUCCCUGGGAGUGGUGGCAGUUCUUCGGAUGGUUUGUAUUUGUUGAUGAAGGUGGUAGCUGAGAACAAGUGCCACACCCAUCUCGAGGCUGUCUGCCCAAAGACAGAUGAUAGUAUAUGGGGCACAUCUGUUUGUUGAUCCUAGAACAUCCCACCUAAGAUGUUCUCCUAUCUCCUCGCG